AUGGAUGAAUUUUUUAAUGAUGAAGAUCAAAAUGCUGAAGAAGACAAGGGGACUGAUGAUGAUGAUGAUGAUGAUGAUGAUGAUGAUGAUGGUGACGAUGUUAAAGAACGAGAGGAUAAUGAAGAAGAAGAGAAUGGAGCUAUGAAGGAGAUACAGGAGAAGAGAAUGUUAGUGGUAAGGAAGUUAAAAGUUGGUGGUGAGGAAGAUGAAGUAGGUGGUGAGGAACAUGAUGUUGCUGGGAAAUAUGAAAGUGGUGUGGAGGGUAUGAAUCUAGAUGAGAAGAAUGCAGGUGAAGAAAAACAAAAUGUUCAAGAAGGAGGUGUGGAGGGUAAGAAUCUAGAUGGGAAGAAUGUUGGUAAAGAAAAAAAUGUUAAGGAAGGAGGUAUGGAGAGGAAGAAUAUAGAAGAAUUGAUGGUAAAAAAUGUCGGUGAAAAAGAAGUUGUUGAAUAUUAUUAUUUGGUGAAAAUAUUGUAUUAA